GGACGAGGACGAGGACGAGGACGCACCACGCGGCGGAAGGGUUCAGGCUGAGGGACGCACACACACACGGCCAUGGCAGAUUACCUGAUCAGCGGCGGGACCGGCUACGUGCCCGACGACGGGCUCACGGCGCAGCAGAUGCUCAACUGCGGAGACGGGCUCACCUACAAUGACUUCCUUAUACUCCCUGGCUACAUAGAUUUCACUGCAGACCAAGUGGACCUGACUUCUGCUCUGACCAAAAAGAUAACCUUGAAGACUCCCUUGGUAUCGUCUCCUAUGGACACUGUAACAGAGGCCAACAUGGCCAUUGCAGUGGCGCUCACAGGUGGGAUUGGAUUCAUCCAUCAUAAUUGUACCCCAGAAUUCCAGGCCAAUGAAGUACGGAAAGUUAAGAAAUACGAACAAGGAUUUAUCACAGACCCAGUAGUGCUGAGCCCCAAAGAUCGUGUCCGAGACGUUUUUGAAGCAAAAGCCCGCCAUGGCUUCUGUGGCAUCCCCAUAACAGACAAUGGGAAGAUGGGCAGCCGACUCGUGGGGAUUAUCUCAUCCCGAGACAUCGACUUCCUGAAGGAGGAAGAGCAUGAUCUACCCCUCAGCGAGAUCAUGACCAAGGUAGACGACCUUGUUGUAGCACCUGCAGGAGUUACAUUAAAAGAAGCCAAUGAAAUCUUGCAGAGGAGUAAAAAAGGAAAAUUGCCAAUCGUUAAUGAAAAUGGUGAAUUGGUGGCCAUAAUUGCUCGCACAGACCUGAAGAAGAAUCGGGACUACCCACUAGCAUCCAAAGAUUCCAAGAAACAACUGCUGUGUGGGGCUGCCAUUGGGACCCAUGAAGAUGACAAAUACCGUCUCGACCUGCUGGUGCAAGCUGGUGUGGAUGUUGUUGUGCUGGAUUCUUCGCAGGGGAAUUCCAUUUUCCAAAUCAACAUGAUCAAAUAUAUCAAGGAGAAAUAUCCUGAGCUGCAGGUCAUCGGAGGCAAUGUGGUGACAGCAGCUCAAGCAAAGAACUUGAUUGACGCUGGGGCUGAUGCUCUGAGAGUUGGCAUGGGCAGUGGCUCUAUCUGCAUCACACAAGAAGCAGCUCCAAAGAUCCCUCCAGACCUAAAGUCCCACAGCCCCAAAUGCCCUUCCACAGUCACGGGCACCUAUAUCUUAGCGUGCGGGAGGCCUCAGGCCACAGCUGUCUACAAAGUGUCUGAGUACGCCCGGAGGUUUGGUGUUCCGGUGAUCGCAGAUGGCGGCAUCCAGACGGUUGGACAUAUUGCCAAGGCUCUCGCACUUGGUGCUUCCACAGUGAUGAUGGGCUCCCUUCUGGCUGCCACCACAGAAGCUCCUGGGGAGUAUUUCUUCUCCGAUGGGAUCAGGCUGAAGAAAUACCGGGGCAUGGGAUCACUUGAUGCCAUGGACAAGAACCUGGGCAGUCAAAACAGAUACUUCAGUGAGACAGAUAAAAUUAAAGUGGCACAGGGUGUCUCUGGAGCUGUACAAGACAAGGGCUCUAUCCACAAAUUUGUCCCAUACCUGAUUGCUGGCAUCCAGCACUCCUGUCAAGAUAUCGGUGCAAAAAGUGUGACACAAGUGAGGGCCAUGAUGUAUUCUGGAGAGCUGAAAUUUGAAAAGAGGACAUCGUCUGCCCAAGUGGAAGGAGGGGUUCACAGCCUCCAUUCAUACGAAAAGCGCCUUUUCUGAUGAAGGCCCCUUGCACCUUCCCAGAGCCUCUUUCUGCCCUGUGGUGCCUGCGCUGCCAUGAUCAUGAACUGCUCCCUUCACAGAAGUGCCAUUUUGCUGCCUGCAGCUCCCCCUGGUUAAUCAGCUGCUUUGACCAAGGCUGAAGAGAACGCAUCAGCUUAUUCCAGAGGAAGUGCUGUCAGCUAAACAAGGCUCUCGAGAGGGGCCCUGUAUGUGUGUGUGUGUGUUGUUGUUUUUUUACAAUAAAAGAGAGGAAAGGGCCUCUUCCAACCUUUUCCCAGUGCAAUUACA